AUGGGGUGUGCCUGUGACCAAUAUUGUGGAAUUGUUGAAGAUUGUUGCAUGGAUUAUAAUUCAACCUCAGAUGAGGAUGAAGCAGCAACACUUAGUGGUAUGAAAUCCCACUUCCAGUGUAUCGAAGAUUCCGCUGUGGCCAAUGAGGACGGGUUUUUAGCUGUGGCCAGUUGUCCCCAAAGUUGGUUCGGAUCUGAAACUGAGGAAUUAUGCAAGUUUGAAAAUGUCAGCGAUCUGAUGCUGCGACUACCAGUUACAGGGAAUCGUACCGGUCUUGUAUACCGCAACUUGUACUGCGCUGUGUGUCAUGACGAACCCUAUCAAACUCUGAGAAAUAUUCCUGGGAAAAUCAUUCUCUCUCUAACCACGUCCUUGUUCUUUGCCAAUUUAACUGUCCUCUUCGCUCCACGGGCAGAAAGUCUUCCAACUUUGUGUAAAGUUAUGGCGGCAUUAAUGCACUAUCUGUUCCUGGACGCAUUCUUGUGGAUGAACGUAAUGGCGGCAGACGUGUGGUUCACAUUCUCCAAGAGUUUUGUCAAGGCGGGCGAUGGUGGGAAGUCGUCGAAGAGAUUCCUAUUUUACAACGUUUAUGUCAGGGGAGUUGCCCUCGUUCUUGUAACGGCAGCCGUAACAGUCGACAACGUGGUCUCUGAAAGUCAAUUUAAGCCCAAUUACGGACGUGGGUUAUGUUGGAUAACAAACAAACGAGGCCUGCUUGUGUUCUUUGCUUCGCCAUUACUUCUUCUCAUUUGUCUUAACUUUGUAUUUUUCUCCAUUGCUGCCAAGAAUAUCCACGAUGCUAAGCGGAAGUCUGCCGCCUAUUUGGGCAAAGGUGACAGCAACCAAUUCGGUAUUUACGUUAAACUGUCUGUUAUAAUGGGAUUGACGUGGGUGUUAGGCUUUCUGGCCUCGCUGUUCCCUUACACCGUUAUGUGGUACAUUUAUAUAAUCUUCAACACUCUUCAGGGCAUGUUUAUAUGUAUAGCGUUUGUGUUUACAAAAAGGGUAUGGCAUUCUCUGUGGGAGCGAUUUAUCAAUCUUCGGAGACAGUCUGCCAGCUCUGGCCAGAUGCCCUCAACUCCAACACGUAGCACUGUGUUGACCUUCAGGGUCACCGACCGGGUGCAAUAA